AUGCUGUUUUUCUUGAAGAACGGCGACAACGUACUUUUUGAGUACGACCUAAAUGGAAGUCCAACGUCAGGGAAAAGUCCUGCUAAAGUGGAAGAAUUAACUACUGAAGAAGACAAGUCUUUGGCGAAACGAAAGAAGAAUAAAAAGAAGAAGAAGUCACAUAAUCGAAUGCCAACAACUGUACAAGCCACUUUAAAUAACCCGGAAGAUGAUUAUCCCACAUCCAGAGUAAUCAAACAAGCUCCCAAUGGUGAUAUAAUUGUGGAGAGUUUAGACGAAGGUAAUCAUGGUCACAGCCAUGACAACAGUCAAGAGGUGUAUCAUGACCACGACCAUGACCAUGAAGAUGAUCAUCAUCACGACCACGACCUUCAUCAUCAUAGCCAUAACCUUAACCAUCAGCCUCAUACAGAAGAAUCUCAUCGUCUGGUACACAAGUUCAUCUGGGACGAUUCCACGGCAUUGGAGCAACAGAAUUUGAAAGAGUUCUGGGAAUUGCUUCCGGUGGAAGAAAAGAAAACAUUAGUGACCAUCGAUAAAAAAGCCGUUAUGGAAUUGUUCAAGAGUAAUUGGGCCAACCAUCAACAUACUUCGUCUCAAAACGACGGGGGGAUAAAUGGGUGUCCUUGUAUGUAUUGUGGUAGGAAGAAGAAUGUUAUUGACGAUGAGUUGGUCCACAUACUCGAUGAGCAAUUUGGGGACAUUAUUGACUAUAUCCAUGAGAUCAGAGACAUCAAUGAUCUUAAUGCAUUGCCAACGUUAUUAUUUGGUGGCUUCCAUAUGUUGGAGGAAGAGUAUAAGGUGCAAAAAAUACAAAAGCAAUUAAAGAAAGAGCGAGAACGAGAUCAGGAGCUUGUGCCACUGUCGCCAGAAACAGAAGCCAUGGAUUCAAAAUCAAAUCAUAUCGAGGAGCAACUAUUGGAGAAGAAGUUCGUUGAAAAACAUCAUGAGAAUGUGACAGAAACAAACCAAGAGAAAAAAGCAGAACAAUAUGAUGAUGCUCAUCUCAAUCACUAUAGUCAAAUAGAAGAGUUGGGUAAUGAGGCGGAAGCAUCUGAAUUUCAAGAUGCUCUUCAUCAAUAUUUAAAGGAAGAUUAUGAUAAAAUCAUGACCCCCAAUUUAAUUGAAAUAUUUGAUAAGCUAAAUUGGGAUAUAAAUACCAGAAAUACCAAGGACGUUAUUGAAAGAGCAGAAAGCUUCCGAAACUUUAUAUUUGCUCUUCAAAAGACAGACAAAUCUCAAUUGGAAAGAGUCUUUUCUUUGGGAGAAUUGCUUACAGCCAACAAUAAUAAUAAGAAAAAUAAUAAUGAUGAUGAUAGUCUAGGCUUGGAUGACAACAUGAGUAACGGGUUAUCGAAAUUUGCGGAUGAUAUUCUUAAGAAUAAUGGUAAUUCGUUUCUUUCUAUGAUUGAAAGUUUAACAGAAAUAAGGUCUGAACGAGAACAGAAAUUGACUAAGGUCGAUGAUGGUGAUGCUUGGGUUGAUGAAGAUGAUAAUAAGCGGACUCUGCAAGUUAAGCGAGAACUUGUGGAUCAGCAGUCAAGUGUGCACUAUGACACUUCCCAGGAUGAACAUGAAGACUACGACGAAGAGGACUGUGAAGACUAUGAUGAAGAGGAAGGAGAAUAUGAAGAUGAUGAAGUGCAAAAUGGUGAUGAGGAGGAAGAGGAGGAAGAGGAGGAAGAAUAUGACGACGAACAUGAACAGGAACAUGAACAUGAACAUGAACAGGAACAUGAACAUGAACAUGAACAUGAUGAAGAUGACGGAGAAAUCGGUGAACAAAGUGACGUUGAAUCUGAAAUCUCUGAAGAGGAAAAACUUCAAGAAGUCCGUCGAAUGUUUUUGAUACAGACAAUUAAAGUCUUUCAAGAUCGUUUAAAGGAGGCAUAUAAGGUUAAGUUGUCUGCGGACCGUGCUGAGAGUCUUAUUAAAGAAUUGGAGGCAGAGGAGAAUGCCAAGAAGGAGAAGGAGUUGAAAAAGUUGAAGCAAAAGGAGAAAGCAAAAGAGAAAAAGAGACUACAGCAAUUAGCUAAGGAGGAAGAAAGGAAGAGGAAGGAAGAGGAACAAAAGGCCAAAGAAGAAGAGGCUAGACAGAAGCAAGAAGCUUUACGGGAGCAACAACGUCAGCGGAAAGAAGAGCAAAGAAAGAAGAAAGAAGAAGAAAAGAAGAAACGUAUUGAAGAAUUAAAACGGAAGGAGAAGGAACAUCGAAAGAAAGUUGAAGCUCAACAAAAGAAGGAAGAAGAGGCCAAGAAGUUAAAGGAAGAAAGAAAGAAAAAGAUACAAGAAGAACGUUUAAAACGUGAAGAAGAGAAAGCGCAGAAGGAAUUUCUUAAGAAGAAGAAGAAGGAAGAGGAGCGCGAACUUUUGGAAUCAUUAAAUCAAGAAGUGAAAGCCAAACUUGACUUUGAAGCUGAUAAAGAACGUCAAGAAUUGGAAAGAUUAGCAAGACUGGCAACUCCUACUACUUCAAUACCCAGUUUGGAAUCUGCAUCCUUUCAACCAGGUCUUCAACCUCAAUUCCUUCCAAUCUCACCGAAUAAAAAUCACUUGUUGGAACAAUUAUACCAAGCCAAACCUCGUACAAGUUCCCAAAGCAAUUCUUCUGGGUUUGUCAAUGCUUUACCAUCACCCUCGGCCAACACUGUUGGACUUAUGGGCUCAAGAUCUGGUGCCCUUAAUAAUGUGGCACAGACAGCCACCACUUCCACACCUUUCCUUUCUGAAGCAAACGACUUCCUUUUGAAUUCUUCUUCUGGUAGCAGCAUGCUAAACAACAACCUUCUUGGUACACUAAACGACCCUUGGAAAACAGGGAGUGCAUCUACGGGCUCAAACGGUGCCACUUUUAUACGAAAUGAGUCAAAUACCAGUAUGCUUUCAAAUGAUUUGAUACCAGGUACGGGUUCAAGUGAUCGGUUGCCAAUUGGAGGUGGUGGUUCUGGUGGCAUGAAUGGAACAAGUUCAGGAUCCAAUAAUAAUGGACUUUUGUAUACCAAUGGACAAUUCCAGUCGACUCAUGGUGGUACUGUUCAUAACAGUAAUGUGAAUGUACCAGCCGGAGUUAAUUUCAGUCCCUUCAAUGAUAGUACCCCCAGUAGUGGGUUUGGGACCUUAGGAGCCACUUGGAGUCCAAUACCUGCUUCUAGAAACAAUUCUAUUUGGGGCACCAAUAACAAUGGAGGAGGAACGGUUGGAAGUAGCAAUACUUCGCAUUUAUGGGGUCCGCCUACAGGAACCAAUUCUAUGGCUAACUCGGUAAAGGCAACCCCAGUGAUGCAACCAGCAUCUUUAGCGGGUUCAACCGUCGUUGGUAACAAUACCACCAACCUAAGUCCUGUUCCUCAUACCUCGAAUGUUGGGAACGAUAUUGAAUUAAUUCAAACCAGCACUUUCAAUGCUUACCAGAUGUUAAUGAACUCAAAUGAAUUAGAAUUCGGUAUGGCUCCUCUUCAUAAGCUUUUCCAAACCACCAAAUCGGUUAUGGGUAUUUCCACCAUCACCUUGAACCAAUUUCUUGGGUGUUGUCGAGCAGCAAGGACUUAUACGUUUGAUUUUGUCUAUGAUGAUUUUGGAACUGUUACCCACAUCAAAAUUGGUACAUCUCCUGCACCACCUGUUACUCAUGAACCGGUGGUGAAUCAAGAGCUGCAAUCUGGGGGUGUUCCACCGGGAUUUUCGUUUAAUAAUUUGAAACUUGGUGGGGGGCUCCCAGAUCAGAAUCCCACCCAAGUAGAUCCUAAUAGUUUGGAAGGGUUGAACCAACUUGCCAACAGUACAGUAAGAGGAUUAUGGAAUUGA